ACAACUCAACAUACACACACACACACUACACACACUAGCGAACACGUUCCCUUCCUUUUCUCGGACAGCCUAAAUAUACGCCCACGAUUCCGUAUUUCUCUGAUAUCCCCUCGCUUCUCUCCUUUUCUCGUUACUACUACUCUUUUUGUUUUUCUACUCUCCAUCUCUCCCUCUCUCUCUCUCUUCACAAACUUUGCAUGGGAUUUUGAUUAAGACGGUGUCUCCGAUGGAUCCCGUGAAGCACCUGGGGAGGAGCAAGUGUUUUGCGUGUUUUACCCCUGUCGCAGACGACGAUGCACCCUGCUCUCGCUCCCCCUCGUCGAGGAAAACGGCCCACCACGGCUUUUCCGGUUUGCUCAAGUCCGUUCUCUUGAGGACGCCAUUGGUGAGGAAAUUUCGGAGCAAAAGAUAUAGGCGGGACUCCUGUCGAUCGAGCAGCACCCCAUCAUCCAAAACCAAAAAGCAAACAAGUCCUACCCAUAAGAAAUCUUUCUAUAAGGGAUUUUCGGACGAUAAUGAAGAAAGUUUCGACCGUCCGUCGUUGUUUUCAUCGACGCCCCCCUCCUCUGCCUCAUCCGUUACAUCGGACUCGAGCUCGGGAUCCGAAAGAAUUCAGGGGCCUGCUUCUCUUGAUUCGAGACCGACAAGAACAAACAAUAGGCACACGAAAAGGGUUGAUAGCAAAUGUAGUUACAACGUUGCUGCAGGAAUGUUCGUUCUCCUGGUUUGUCUAGUAGGUUUGGUUUUUUGGGGGAAGGUUUUUGCAAUAGUGACUUGCAUUUUAACAUGGCUGUUUUUUGCUCCGAGCUGCGGGUCUCAAGAUGGUGGCUGGCCGGUAAACGGCAACGUUGUUGACCCGGAGGAGUACAAGAAAAGGGUGGUCAUGGAAGGGUUCUUGCAGAGGAAUCGUCGUAAGGUACUAGAGAGGGAAGAUUUGGAAAGAAAAUAAAGUAAUUUUGGUUGAGUAGCGCAGGCAAGGUUUUUGGCGUGUGUUUGUACUAGGAGGACUGUUCUCUCUUAUUUCCUUUUUAACUGGUUUCUUUUAUUCUUUUCCGUAGUUUGUUUUCUUUUUUCUUGUCCUAAAAUUUUUCUCAUCAAUUGUGGGAAGGUGAAAUAUCAAGAACUCAAAACCUCCACUCGACAGAAAUAGAUGAUGCUAAUAUUUUAAAUCUCUCAUAAAAAGAAAUGCUAGUAGUACGAUAUUUGUUAUUAGUUCUAUCAAACGAUUGUUGAUGUAUAUAUUGAUAGUUUUUCUUUUUCUUUUUCUGAAAUGAUUUAUAUAGUGA